CUCUCAGCCGCCGACUCCAGCGAAGCGCCAGGGUCAGAGGCAGCACAAGUUCCUCUCUCUGCUCUGCUGGACUGCACAUAAAGAUCGUGGAAUCUUUUCUAUCGCUGGCCAACACUGGCUCACGAGCCAGACCUAUUUUCCUGGCUGCAAGCAUGAGCAUGCUCGGCGAGAAUCUUCGCCCGCGAACGCUUCUGCGCAAACUUUCCAAUGUCGGACGACGAUCGCGCUCGCGGGCGUCGGCUGUCGAUGAGGUGCAACCAUUUCGCCUGCUCGAUUUGCCACCCGAAGUCGUGGAAGUCAUUCUAAGUCUAUCCCGCCCGAUGGCCGUGCUGGCGUUGCGAAAGACCUGCACGGCUCUGAAUAUCGCCUCUCGCGACCGACAAACAUGGCUCGUUAUCGCGCAGAGAACGGCUUUUGAACACAACAUGCCUUUAGGUCCGAAGAAGCGAGCGGCUAUGAGCUUCUCCGACUUGGAGCGCUUUGCUACGGCUCCGGCGCGCUCUUUGCGUGCGUUGAGCGCGGCAUCCGGUCGUUACUAUCUGGGUGCCGAUGCGAAACAAAUUCCCAAAAUACGUGCACGCAGGGAGACCAUUCAUAAAGGGAUCUGUUCAGAACACUCUUCCUACGACGAGAUAUACAUUCUACCUGGUGGCCAAUAUAUGAUCAACGUCGACGAAGAGGCAGAUAUGACCCUUUGGCGACUUGACUCUGCGACUCCCAUAACACUGGGGAAGAUACCUUUCCAACCUCGUGCAGAGUCCGAGCCGUCGCGAAUAAACAGAUUCCACAAAGUAUGCGCCCAUGAGCUUAUAUGCGAUGGAACUGAACUUCGCUUCGUCACUUGCAUGGGAAAUCUCCGCGAGACCGAAUUGGUGCAAAUAUCUGUAUACGACAUCUGCCUCGAAGGCGUCGAGUCUAGUCUGCGUCUUGUCGCAUCCACUCGUGUCCCUUUGCGCUCUGGAAGCCUCUUCUCCAAUGUCAUAUCUCUUUUCGGUACACGCAUAGCAGUCGUUGACAAAGACGAUAUCGUCGUGUGGGACUUUGCCCAUGAUCAACAGACUUCUUGGCCUCAUUUAUUUGGCCAUAUUCAUGAUUGGCGUGUUCUGGCGUACGACAAUCGUGUCAUUGUCGUGGGCUGCCCCGCAGACCCAGAAGAGAUAUUCAAGCGGGAACGCGGGCAGGAAGUCGAAAAAUACAACGUGCGGGCCAAGAUAUCCGUCUUCGAAAUACCAAUCGACGCAGUAGGCCCAAUACAGCUGCUGCCAGGCCUCUCCUUAUGCCUCGGCCACAACCAGUUUCUGCACUUCCCUUGCCGCGCAGUACCAGGAGCGCCAUUCUCCUUUCAAGUGCGCACAUGUCAAUCCGAGUCGAACGACCUGUUGCACACGUACGCUCUCCGUCAGGAUCUCGGGAGCACGCGCCGCUCGUCCGAGUACCUCUCUGUCGCGCUAGAGCCCAGCGCGGACGAAUGCCUGGCAAGGACCAGCGUCACAAUGAAGGUGUCGUGCGAUGCUGGUCAUGCGCUUGUACAGACGGGGUACUCGUUCGAAUCCGACUCUCGCUACAAGAAGAUACACCUAGCGUGGCCGGAGCAGAUCAAUGGACGCAGAUUGCUCCGAGGAUCGGUGAUGCUCGCAUAUGGAGGCAAGUCUCGCAUGCGAGCACAGGCAUUCGAUCCUGUGUCGGGCAGGUUAUGUGCCCUCAGGUCAGAUGGUGGGCUCCUUGUCGCGGAUUACAUCUAGGACCGUAAUGGACGCGGAUGUGUGGGUCCACUCUUCCGGCGUUUGCCGACUUCCUGAUUUAGUAAUUUUAUGGUCGAUUACGAUCCUUGCCUUCGACCGCCGUAGGCAAGCUUUUGUCACACAUAUUUUGGGAUUGUCUUCCGCCUCGUCUGUAUACUCGCGCUGCUGCUCUACCGUACGCAUUGCGACGGGGGGUUCACGGAAGAGCUGGAUUGGGAGAGCGUGUGCGUGCAGUAUAUAUGGCCGGGGCGAGGGCAGGGGCGUCCAAACGCGAGGCGAGGCUAAGGCAGGCGCGAAGGCGGGAAGGGAAAAGGAUAGCAAUGGGCAAAAAAAUAUGCGGAGGGCACCUAAAGCCAGUCUCGUAAAUCAUCCUUCUGUGAAACAGUAAAAUAUGCGGCCAAGUUGACGGAGGACAAGCUAUCCUUCGACCCGAC